CCUGUCUGCAGGUGAGUCCUGACCGGUCUCAGUUCUUCAGGUACGACUCCAUCACUCUGAGCUGUGAGGAUCAGUUGAACUCCACCGGCUGGAAGGUGAAGAGGAAGACGCCGGAGGGCGGGGUCAGACCCUGCUCCUCCGGCUGGGGCACCUCCUCCUCGGGCUCGACCUGCAUCAUCGGAAACACCUACCCGUCUGACAGCGGCGUGUACUGGUGCGAGUCCAGAGCCGGGGAGAGGAGCAACGUGGUCAACAUCACCAUCACCGAUCACACUGUGCUCCUGAAGUGUCCGGCCCUCCCUGUGAUGCAGGGCGCUGCUGCGACUCUGCACUGUGAAGCUGAGAUGUACUCCUCCAACCACACGUUCGAUUUCCAUAAAGAUGGCCGUUUCCUCGGCAGCAGCCCCACGGGAGAGAUGAUGCUCCACAGUGUGUCCAGGUCUGAUGAGGGACUCUACACGUGCAGCAUCCCUCGAGUGGGAGAAUCAGUCGGCAGCUGGCUGAAUGUUGAUGGUUCUCUUCCAUCUUCAUCUUCGGCUCCGCCUGCAGCUUCCUGGUCAGUUUCUGUCCCCAGGCUGAUGCGCCACCUGCUGGUGGGAGCUCCUUACCUGCUGUCCACCAUCUUACUGGGGCUCAUAUACAGAGACAGAGCCAGAGCAGCUCGGACGGCCAUGGAGAGAAGAGGCAGCAGCGAGGUCAUCAUGGAAGUCGUCGUUUAGUCCUACAAAGACGUCACUCGCAGCACAGGAGGUCCUUUAACGCUGGAGACUCACUGCAACACAGUACGGACACAUUCCGAUCUAAAUAAAUACAAUUUAAGGAUGUUUUUAUAUGUUUGUUGCUUCAUGAACUUCUGUGAUUCGCUAUUAAAGUGAAAGUUGUGUUUCGCUCGUUUGGAUUAGAGAAACGUAAAUUCUUUAUUUGACAUUAGGACACACGAUGCACCUUUCUUGUGUUAAAGGCUGACGGGGGCGUGCAGGAUGUUUGUGGUUUGUCUUCAUCAUGCAGACAUGGAAGUGAAGUUUUCUGUUGUUUUGUUUUUUCGGUUUCACAUUUAAUCUCUUUUACUCAAAACUCUCUGAAUACAAUUAGCUGUUAUUAUUCAUUCUUAUUCUCCUCAAGUAUGAAUGUUACUUUGAUUUCCAGACAGGAAAAGCUCGAACGUGUUGAGUUAUUGUCAGAGAUCUUUAUUUUUGUGUGGUCAGUUUAUGUUGACGUGAUUCGUAUGAAAGUAGGUCGUUGUUCUAAGAAGUGGAACAUUGUUCCGCUUUAAACCCACACAAACAUGUCCGAUUAAACUAAAACUGCUGAUUUUAUUCACUGAUUUAUUUUGUGUUUCUCACGGAAACUCUUGUUUGUUGAGUGAAG